UAGCGCACACAAGUGAAAAAACUAGCUAGCUUCCCUCCCGGCCAACCAUGCAUGAACUACUCUCCUUCUUGCUGCCCUUGGUGCUAGUCGUCGUCAUCGUCAUCCUGCUGCAUGCGCCACAAGCUCCCAGCAAGGCGCUGCACACCGUCAGGUCUGCUCUAGUUCGGAGGCUAUCGCAACCUGUUGUCGUUGUCAGGGACCGCGUGACCGCACACCAUCUCCUCGUCCGGGGCAGCGCUGGGGGCUUCUUCUCCGAUCGUCCGGCCUCCACCGUGGCCAGCGCCGUCCUCUCACGCCGGCGCUACCACAACCUAAACUCGGCACCCUACGGUCCGCUCUGGCGCGCUAUACGCCGCAACAUCACCUCCGACGUCCUCCACCCUCUGCGCCUCCACCGCUAUGCGUCCGCACGCCGCCGCGCGCUGUUAGGUCUCGUCUCGGACCUUAGCCAGCAGCGCAAGUCCAGACCCAACGGAGUAGUCCUCGCGGCGGAGAGUAUUCGCUCGGCCAUGUUCGGCCUGCUCGCGAACAUGUGUUUCGGCGACGGUGUGGACGAGGAUCGCAUCCGCGCCAUGGCCGACGCCCAGAACGACCUCGUCCAACUCUUUCCCGAGCUGCGUGUCUUCUCCAAGCUGCCAGGCGGCAUUGCUAGGAUAAUGUACCGUGAACGGUGGAACAAGCUAGUUACACUGCGGCAGAAGCAGGAGGAGAUGUACCUUCCGCUCAUCGACGCCCGUCGCGGCCGGCGCCACCAUUCUGGCGAGCCGCCGGCGUAUGUGGACACGCUGAUUGGCCUCCGGGUUCCAGGCGAGCACAGCCAAGCUUGCUCUGGCGGAAAAGCUCGCACGCGAAGGAGGGUCCUCGAGGACGGGGAACUCGUUGGCAUGUGCUCCGAGUUCCUUGGUGCCGGCACAGAAUCCGUAGCUGCUGAGCUGCAGUGGAUCAUGGCGCACCUUGUGAAGUGUCCAGACAUGCAGGAGGCCGUCCGGAGAGAGAUCGACGCUGCUGUGAGCUCUGAUGCUGAUGAAGUCGCCGAGGAAGUUCUUGGGAAGCUGGAAUAUCUGAACGCCGUCGUUUUGGAGGCGCUCCGGCUACAUCCCACCGUGCCCUCGGUGUUCAGGCAGGUGAUGGAACGUGACCACGUCAUUGUUGACGGCCGACGUAUUCCGGCGGGCACGGUGGUGGUCUUCCCGCCGGGGACUCUAGCGCGAGACAAGACAGCCUGGGCGGAGCCCAAUGAGUUCAAUCCAGAACGGUUCCUGGCGAGCGGUGGUGGAGAGAAGAUGAGCCUCUUGGCCGCGGCAGGGAGCGCAGGGGAGAUCACGAUGAUGCCGUUCGGUGCCGGCCGCCGCAUGUGCCCCGGUAUGGCCGUUUCGAUCCUCCACAUGGUGUACUUCAUUGCAAACCUCGUGAGGGAGUUCGAGUGGAGGGAGGCGGAAGGGGAGCUCGCCGUGGAUCUCAAGCCGCACGUCGGGUUCUUCACUGUCAUGAAGCGACCGCUGCGUGCUCACCUUGUCCUUCGUCGGGAGGACGACAAGCAGAGCAGAAUCUGCCAAGAUGCCGACGGCCUCCAGCCCUCGGCGUAUCACCGCCUCGCCCUCGGCAUACGCUACGCCGACGGGGGCCCUCGGUGUAGCUCCUCGGGGAAGAUGUCAGGAUUGGAUCUGAAUGCUAGUCCAACAGAGAAUGAUGACAUUGACAAGGAGCCUCCUUUUUGCACUCAAGCUGCACUAGCGGAGAUGGUUGAAGAAUCUCCAGACCCAAUGGUUGACAACCAAGAAUUUGGUGGUGGUUCCAAUGACCGCAGUGGUAGAGGCCCACGAAACAAUUCAGCAUACACGACGUUGGCAACAACAACAUCCGCAUGA